UGAAGACGCCAAACAUGAAUUUUAGCAGACGAUGCAGAAAUGAAUAUUAGCUUAUUAGCAGAACCAAAACAAGAAGAUGAGGACGAAGAUGCUUAUUUAUUGCCAUUUGGCAAGAUAUCCCAAAGAGCUAGAAGAUUUGACGAACUUGAAUCUCAGAAAUGUAACCAAACCUGCAAAGAAGAUGAGAACUAUUUAUCACAAGAUUUGUUUCACUCCCAAUUUGAGAUACCACCUUCAGAUGCAAUAGACAGAUUGUCCAGAUGUUCACCAUCAACAGAUCUAGAUAAAUACAAAAAGACCAAGAAAGAUAUUUCAACAAAUUUUAUAGAGUUGCCCCCUACAGCAGUUAACACUCAACAGUCACUGAUACCAGGUUAUCAGGUGGUGAAGGUUUGCAGAGGAGCAGGAAUCUCUUCAGUAACCGAGAGUAACACUUUUGAGGCACUACCACACCCCACAAAACUUUUUAGGAGACGAAAGCAGCAAGCAAGUGUUACCAAAACCUCACAGAGAAGCCUCCGUGUCCAGCCACAUGACAAGGAUAACCAAAGUGUAGCCAUACACCUAAGACAGCUUCGACUAAAACAGUCAAGAAUUGAUGCUAAUACAGAAUUGGAUCCAAAUGAUUUACAAAGAAGUGUCACAAACCCUCACACAGCAGUGAUGACACAAAGAACAACGAUAGAGAAGCCUAUCACUACUACCAACAUAUCAGACUGGGAGACCAUCGAGUCCUGGAUCCAUGGACGCUGGAAAUCACGAUCUGGCCAACAUCUUAACUGGCAUGUCCAAGAGGAAUGAGGAAAUCUUCUAUUUCAUUGUUAUUGCAAUUAACCCCAUAAAAUUGGCUCCAUUAUCCUAUAAACACUGAAUUACCAUAUUUAACGUAAUUAGUGCCCCUCCUUCAUUUUCAUGAGUAAUUGAAGUUAAAUAGACUCCCCCUCCUUGUCCUGACCAGGUUUGGUCAAUGAUUGGUAGUUACAUGUACAUAGAUUGAAGUCUGGUGAUCAUUAAUACUGGUCUUAUUUGAUACAGAUAACUUUUUAUUUCCAAACCUUCGGCCACACUGGAAUGCUUGUUUUAAAUGUCCUUCAGUGAUAACAAUGGUUGAAUUUUAUUUUCCUAGUACAUGUAAUCGCUCCCUUUAGGUCAAUUUAAAAUUCCCUGGGCAUGUAUUACAAUGAAUAUGGUAAGUAUAUUGAAAAAAAGUGUUCUGACGGACAUGAUUUUACUGUCCAUAUUGAGAUAUCUCAAAAUGUACUAAGGAAUACGUGCAGUAAGUUACUUGUAGUUCAAGCUUUGAUUUCAUGGAUUGGUGUUUCCUUAUCUUUUGUGAGGAAUAUUUGAAUUUCCUUUAAUGUAUGUAAAUAAUACUUUGUGUACACUAUAUCAGAAUUUACACUGUCCAUGCUUUACAGGGUAAAAAUAUGCAAACUAUAAGUUAUAAUCUGAUUUAUAAAGAAUGGCUUUAAAUCAGUGUUCUGACUAACAGACUUUCACUGUCCAUAUUAUAAUUUAAACAUGGUUUUAAGACAUUUUUCACGAAAUUGUACAAAAAUGCAAUGAGAUUCCUGAAGUUGUAUUGUGACAAACAGAUUUUGUGACUUAAUUAUCAUUAAAUAAACUAAGACAUUGUGUUUAAAUGAUUGAUGUAUAAUUGAAAAUAAAAUGUAAUGAUUU